UGACGUUCGUGAUUUGACAUUUGACAAGUUAAUAAAUGUCAUGCAGAAGUAAGUAAACAGUUUCCGAAAUAAUUAAAAUCAAAAAUCAAACCGUGAUAACAACUGUUAUUUUUAAUAAAGGUGUGGACAACGUCGGACGUGGAUUUAAUGUAGAAACAAAAAAGUAAAAAAUCGUGAUCGAGAAAAUUGCCGGUGCUCAUUGAGCACAGACGUACUUCUGUGUUUAUUUAAAUACAAACAUUUCGUUCUAUCGUUAAUUACAGAAAUAAUGGCACAUUCAUCACAAGGAGUUUACUCACCUCUACCGCAAUCAAUCAGUGAUUCCGACUCAGAAAAAGAAUUGCAUAUGGACGCAGUCUGCCCAAAUUAUUCAAAGAAAGCAGUCCAGAAUGGAGAUAGUUUUGAUCUUAAGAGAAAAUUACAUAACAAUUCUACCAGCUUUAUUCAUCUUGGAGAUGAUUUGCUACAAAUCAAACGAGGCCCUCCUAAAAUGUCAACUCUUCGUAAAGUAGCUUUCGUCGCAUCUAUUAUUCUAUGUCUUUUACCAAUAGUAGUAUUUUUGUGGUUCUUGCCCUGUUCUGCAUCACACACGUGUCCAGUAAAAACAAACAACUGGGAAAACAAGCAAGAUGACAUUGAAUUAAAGGGGGAUAUUAACUUGGUGCAUGGUUUAAAUCAAAACAAUUUAAAUCUUGCAAUUCUUUUUCAAGGAGAUGUUCGCUCUUCAAAAAUUUUAAAGAAUGGAGCCAUUUCGUUUUUGGGAAACAGUGGAAACGUGGCCUGGUAUUUCUGACAAGAGGUUGUUCCUAUUAGGUUAGAUUGUUCUCUUCUAGAUGUAGAUGGCAAUGGCGUUAGUGACUGUCUAUUGCUAGAUGAGAGGGGCUUAAAAGCUAUUGAAACAAUUUCGGGACAAGUUAUCUGGCACGCCCAUAGUCAUGAAGAGAGAACAACUAUUAACCGAUUAGAUUUUCCCACUCAGUUACCAGAUUUCAACGGCGAUCAUGUAAAUGAGCUAGUCGCAAUUUUCAAUAGAAGAACCUUGAUGUUAAUUUGUGGCAAAUCCGGAAAAGCGAUCAGCAAUGUAAUAAUAAAUAACUGUGAUGAGAUUUCUGAUCUCACAAGCAAAAAUAGUCAGCUUCUUUUUACCUGCAUAAAUGAUCGUAGCAUUACUACCAUGAAAAUUGCAUUUGCUCUUAUGAAGAAACGUUACAAUAAUGCUUCUUUGCCCAUUUUACCAAUAAAAACGCAAAAUCCACCGGACGAUGAAAACACAUACACAGUUGAAAACAGAAAGUUAACAGUGAAUAAUGGAGGAGUUUGUCCAGAUUGCCAUGCAACUGUUGAUUUAGCUGAAGCUAAUGCAAAAAAGAAAAAGACUUGGCAAUUUAACAAUGCUUACAUUAUGAAUCCUAAAGUAUUUCAUUUUCAAGCCACUCAGUCAAAUUUAGAUUUGUUUAAAGGCCACAUUAAUGGUUUUAUUCUUAAGAUAUGGCAAUGGCCAGCCACAAACGUAGCUAGUAAAAGAAAUUCAAAUUAUAAAUCUGUCAAACGUUCAAUAUUUUCAAAAAAUACAACAUAUGUUCCAAAUGUAAUUAGUGAGAGGGUUGUACUUAUCACGUUUAAUAGUACCAAUGUGCAUGUAAUUAAUGCCAGUUUGACUGAAAUUAACCAACUAUGUUUGCCGUCUGACAAAGAAUAUGUAUGUCAGCCUGACCUGAGAAGCCAAGAAAACUCGAUAUUAGUAGGUGAUUUGGAUCAGGAUGGAAGUCAAGAACUAAUAAGUUAUUCAAGUGGUUUUGUUAAAAAAGAAGAUUCGGAGGAGUGGUCUUUGGUUUCAAAUAUAAAAGUCAUACGCUUGGAAGCUGAGUUACCAAAGUUAUAUGAAGAAAAAUAAAUGUAAUUUUAACGUCGACUUUGUAGUCUUUCUAGGAAAUAUGUGAUCAAAUUUCACAGUAGAUGUUUAAUCUUUUGAAACACCAAAGUAUUGCUGAUUUCAUGUCUUCAGUUGAUCUGUUGUUAACCUAGAUUUUUCUCUAAGCUAUGUGUUAUUCUCAAGUGUAUACUACAUAACUAAUUUAUAUGUGCCUGUUUAUAUUAAUACAUACUUAUAUAUAUAUUUGUGAAUACUUAUCAAUAUUUAAAGAUUGUUAUAUUUUGUUAGUGUGCAAUAAAGUAAAAUUCUAAAA